CGAAAAAGGGUCAAAAACAUCGCGUUAUCCUUCCCUCCUCUCGCCUCGGUGGUGUGCGUCUUCCCCACCCACCCCCAGUCUCCAAUGGCCACCUCCCACCUCCUCGCCGCCGCCUCCUCCACCGCCGCCUCCUCCGCCACCUUCCGCCCUCCCCUCCUCAGCCUCCGCUCCCCGCCGCCCUCUUCUCUCCGCCUCAACCGCAGGCGCCACUUCCAGGUGGUCCGCGCGGCCGAGACCGACAAAGAGACGAAGGCCAAUGCGCCCGAGAAAGCUCCCGCGGGAGGCUCCAGCUUCAACCAGCUGCUCGGCAUCAAGGGCGCCAAGCAAGAGAACGACAUAUGGAAGAUUCGCCUUCAACUUACUAAGCCAGUGACAUGGCCUCCGCUUGUAUGGGGAGUGCUUUGUGGAGCAGCUGCCUCUGGAAAUUUCCACUGGACAGUUGAAGAUGUUGCAAAAUCUAUUGUCUGCAUGAUAAUGUCUGGUCCAUGUCUUACAGGAUACACACAGACAAUUAACGACUGGUAUGAUCGAGAUAUAGAUGCGAUAAAUGAACCUUACCGUCCUAUUCCUUCAGGCGCUAUAUCAGAAAAUGAGGUCAUUACUCAAAUUUGGGCACUGUUGUUAGCAGGGCUUGGCCUGGGUGCUCUGUUAGAUGUAUGGGCAGGACAUGAUUUUCCUAUUAUUUUUUAUCUUGCUGUUGGUGGGUCCUUGCUUUCUUACAUAUAUUCAGCUCCACCUCUGAAGCUCAAGCAGAAUGGAUGGAUUGGAAACUUUGCUCUUGGUGCGAGCUACAUUGGCUUGCCCUGGUGGGCUGGCCAGGCAUUAUUUGGAACCCUUACUCCUGAUAUUGUUGUCCUGACUUCUUUGUAUAGCAUAGCUGGGCUAGGGAUUGCUAUUGUAAAUGACUUUAAGAGUGUUGAGGGAGAUAGAGCUCUGGGGCUUCAGUCACUCCCGGUUGCUUUUGGUAUGGAAACUGCAAAGUGGAUAUGUGUAGGAGCGAUUGACAUAACUCAAUUAUCCGUUGCAGGCUACCUUUUCAGUUCCGGCAAGCCUUAUUAUGCCCUGGCACUGCUAGGACUCACAAUUCCUCAGGUGGUCUUUCAGUUCCAAUACUUCCUCAAGGACCCUGUGAAGUAUGACGUCAAAUACCAGGCAAGCGCGCAACCGUUCUUCGUCUUGGGCCUUCUGGUGACCGCCCUUGCAACCAGCCACUGAUGAAAGCAGCAAUCGCCCUGGACUGUGAUUCUGUGACAGCGAAGUUUUGGGUGGAAGAUGCAGAUUGAUGGUUCUCUGCAACUGUUGGUGGAGCUAGGUUCAGCAGCUAUGUUCGCGAGUGUAUUAGCGCUCUUUUGGCGGUGCUGGGUAGUAGAAUGUAGAAUCGUUUCUUGUUGAUUCCCUGAACUGAUCCAGAUCAAACAUCUUCUAAAGGUUCUGCGAUGCAAUGCUAGCUGCAGACGGGAGAUGGUACAGGGGGUCGUUUUGCUACUUUGCCGCCGAUGUUGUAGGGUGUGUAGACAGACUGUAGAUGAAUAAUGUCAGUAACACCUGUGGGGGGUUCAGUGCUAGUGGGCUGCAAAACUUGAGCACUGCUUCGAUCAAAUUGUGUCUUUGAUUAUGAAAUUAUGGAAUCCAGCACAGGCAGGUAAUAAUUUCGUAAUAGAGCAUAAACAAUUUGUGACCUUAGGUGCGAA